AUGUCAAAUUCAAGUAAACAAAACACUUUUUUAUCAAGAGUCUUUGAAAUAAAUACCGGAAACGUGGAAUCUCCUAAUACAACCAAUAUAUCUUUAGAUUCACAUCUCAAUGAUUCUUCCAUGGAAGACAAUACUCCAGCUACUACACAUAGAAUCAUCGAAUCCGACCAAGAAUCGUCCUCUGAUGAAGAAGAUACAUUAGGAGAAAAUCAACACUCAACUCAAAAUUCCAACAGAAGUGCUGCUAGCAUAUCCAUUGAAGAAAUAGGUUUAAGUAACAAUAAUAAAUACAGUAAUUUUAACGUACCCCCUAAACACAUUUCAUCACCUUCGGAUGGCACCGAUAUUUUAGCCGAGAAUAACAACCCAUCUUUAGGUAACACGGACAAAAUAUUUCAGGAAGAGAGCAACAGAAUAGACGAUAGUUCUGUUGAUGAUGCUUUCAAUGAAGACAACUCUAUGUAUCAUUUUCGCAAAAAUAUAGGAAAGUUGGGCCAAAUUUCAAGUGAUGAAGAGGACCAAAAUACUGAAGAUGACGACGAAGAGGAUGAUUAUUUCACAAAUAAUAAAAUACAAACCAAACAGGAUAUUAUGAAAUCAUCAUCUUCUUUGGAGGAGAGCCAUGAUGAAGCUGAUGUUCCAUUGUUUGAGAAAACAAAAAGAAUACACAAAGGAAAUAAAUCAUCAUCGCGUUAUCGUAAUCACAAUAAAAAACGUUCCUUUGUUCAAAGUGUUUUAUAUGACAAUUCCCUUUUUAUAAAACCAAGUACUAAAAAUGAUACGCAGGAUCAAAGUUUUUUAUUUAGGAAAAAGUCUACUUGGGAAAAUGAACCACCAAAAACUUACAAUAAUGCCAACUUUUCUAAUUCUUUUUUCUCCGCUGCCCAAAAUAACGGUAGCAAUAAGACUAACAAUAAUGAUACUAGAGGCACUUUUAGAUCCAAAAGAGGAGCCGUUCUAAGCCCAAGGGAAAGGGCACUAUGGAAAUGGGCUAAUGUUGAAAAUUUAGAUAUUUUCCUCCAGAAAGUAUAUAAUUACUAUUUAGGGAGUGGGUCAUUGUGUAUUAUUGUAGAAAAAGUUUUAAAUUUAUUAACAUUAUUGUUCGUCGUAUUCAUUUCGACAUACUCCACGCAUUGUGUGAACUAUUCCAAGAUUCCUUCAAGCCACAAGCUUUCUGAUAUUUUGAUAGAGAAAUGUUACAAAAACGAGAUUUUGGGGACCACAAAGUUUUUGUUGUAUAUUUUUUAUGUUUUUGUAUUUUUGAAGAUCUUUCAGAUAUAUUACGACAUCAAAGAUUUAAAGGAUAUGCAUGAUUUUUAUUCGUACUUAUUGAAUAUCUCAGAUAAAGAAUUGGAAACCAUCUCUUGGCAAUCGGUAGUCCAUCAGAUUAUGGCACUAAAAGACCAAAAUGCAUUAACCGCAAAUGUUGCUGAGGUUAAAGCUAAAAACCGUAUAGACGCACACGAUAUUGCAAACAGAAUUAUGAGAAAAGAAAACUAUUUAAUUGCUCUAUAUAACUCUGACAUUUUAGAGUUGUCCUUACCUUUGCCAAUGUAUAGGUCCAGCAUAUUAACCAAGACGUUAGAGUGGAAUAUUAAUUUGUGUGUGAUGGGUUUCUCAUUCAAUGAUUAUGGUUAUUUGAAGCAGGAUUUUUUGAAAAAAUCACGAAAAAAUUAUUUAUCCGAUGAAUUAAAAAAAAGAUUUAUGGUUGCUGGUGUUUUGAAUAUAAUUCUUUCACCAUUUCUAGUGUUUUAUUUUAUUUUAUUAUAUUUUUUCAGAUAUUUCAAUGAAUAUAAAACAUCACCAAGUUCAAUAAAUACACGCCAGUAUGCACCAAGUGCCGAGUGGAAAUUUAGAGAUUAUAAUGAACUAUACCAUAUGUUCCAAAAAAGAUUGGGAUUGAGUGUUGAAAUUGCGGAUGAGUAUGUUAAUCAAUUUCCCAAUGAGAUAAAAGAUUCUAUAUUAAAAUUUGUUGCAUUUAUCUCUGGAUCUUUUGCCGCUAUUUUGGGGGUUUGUACGAUUUUUGAUCCCGAAAAUUUUCUUAAUUUUGAAAUAACUAAAGACCGCACCGUUUUAUUUUAUCUAAGUGUAUUGGGCACUGUAUGGGCCAUAUGUAAGGGCUCGAUUUCUAAUGAGUACCAUGUAUUUGAUCCAGAGACAUACAUGAAUGAAUUAAGCAGAUACACUCACUAUUUACCAAAAGAAUGGCAAGGCAGGUUGCAUAGCGAGCAAGUAAAAGAAGAAUUUUGCAAACUUUACAAUCUAAAAGUUAUUAUUCUACUAAGGGAGUUAACCAGUUUGAUCAUGACCCCAUUUAUUCUAUGGGUUUCUUUACCAAAAUCAUCCGAUAAAAUCAUAGACUUUUUCAGAGAUGUUUCUGUUUACGUUGACGGAUUGGGGUACGUUUGUAAAUAUGCUCUUUUCACCAAUGAUAACCAAACAAACAAAUUACUGCGGAAAAAUAUUUACAAAAAAAAUCAAUCUUUGAAAAACAAUUUUAAUAAUGGACAAUACGGUAAAGGCCAUAGCAGCACUUUGUUAGAAAACGAAGAUACGGAUGCUGCCGAAGAUAAGAUGUUACAAUCCUACUAUAAUUUUGUCGAUAGCUAUCAAAAUCAACAAAAUGCUGUUGGAAAAACUGCAAUACCAAGGAAAUUGGAAAUUAAUAGAAAUUACUCAUGGAGAGAUCAAUUUGGAUUUAAGCAAAGUGGCAACAAUAAUAACAAUAAUAAUAGCAAACUUUCUCAAAUUGAUUCAAUAAGCCCAAAUUCAUCAUUAUGGUUGCAACGAAAUAAAAAGUCGGACCAUGCCAAUCCAAUAUUCGAAUCUGAUUUGUUUAUUAACACUGGUUCAAGUAAUGAUCUUUCUAAAUUCAACCAAGAAAUGGACAGUAAUAGAGGUCAGGGAGUAUUAGGCUUAUUAAAACAGUAUUAUCGUGAUGCAGAUAUAGGUAGGUAA